AUGGCCAACGAAUUAACUCAGAUUCCUGAAUGGCAGGAACUCGUCACUCGUAAGCGCUCCGAGUGCCAGUCGAAAAUCCCACGCGAGUGGACCUUGAGUACCGAUCUCCUCAAUGUGCCCACGCACUUGAUAGAUUACGAUGUUCCCAGAAAAAGCGGUCUUCUCUCGGAACUCGAACUGGAUCUCACGGAGAAUUACAGCGCGACACAGUUGUUAGUCAAGCUUGCUUCGGGCAACGUCAGUUCCCUGGCUCUCACGACGGCCUUGUGCAAACGGGCUGCAAUUGCGCAGCAGUUGACAUCUUGCCUCACAGAGACUUACUUUCCCCAAGCAUUGGAACGAGCUCGUUUCUUGGAUGAGUAUCUCGAACGAGAGAAAAGACCCAUUGGUCCACUGCACGGCUUGCCCAUCAGUGUCAAAGAUAGUUUUUGCAUCGAAGGCUUGCAGUCGACCGUGGGAUAUGUCUCGUUCUUGAAGCAUGCCCCAGCGACUAAGAAUUCUGCUCUCGUUGCAAUGCUAUUAGACCUAGGAGCAGUUCUGUAUGUCAAGACCAACAUUCCGCAGACGAUGAUGACGGGAGAUUCGGAAAACAAUAUUUUUGGCCGUACUCUCAACCCGCACAACACAUCUCUCACGGCCGGUGGGUCCAGUGGCGGAGAAGGUGCCCUUGUGGCCUAUCGGGGAUCAAUCUUAGGUAUCGGAACCGAUAUCGCCGGAUCAAUCCGUAUUCCAGCACUAUGCUGUGGAGUAUACGGUUUCAAGCCGACCGCCAACCGAGUUCCAUUCGGAGGACAGGUCUCAGGUGCAAUGGAAGGCCUCCCAGGUCUGAUUCCCGCUGCUGGUCCAUUGGCUCACAGCAUUGCCGAUUUGCAACUGCUGAUGAAGACUAUUCUUGAUGAUGGCAAAGCUUGGCAAUAUGACUCUGGAGCCUUUGCUGUGCCAUGGAAUGAGAGCCCCCGCGCAAUCGCCGAGCGUAACGGGAGCUUGACAAUUGGAGUUCUUGCCGAGGAUGCGCAAUUCCCACUUCAUCCACCCGUUAAGCGAGCUUUAGAGGGAGCUAUUGAGAAGCUAGUUCGCGCUGGACAUCGCAUUGUGUACCUUGAAAGCUCUAGUCAAGAGCUUUCUGUUGCAUAUGCAUCUCGACUUGCCUUUCAAUACUUCAUUUAUGGUCCUUCGGAAGACAAUAUCCAGUCCAGCGGCGAGCCACUUGUAAAAUCGGUCGCCAGAUUUGAUUCUCCCAUGUUCACUGGGCCUUUCCCAGUCGAUAUGGAGUUGGGUCCCUUUGAAAAGAUCCAGAAGUUGCAUGAAGCUCGUCAAGAGGUUCAUGAUGCUUGGCGCCAAGUCUGGAUUGACCAGAAGCUCGAUGUGGUACUAGCCCCGGGAGCACAGAACACCGCAGUGGUCCACGAUACGUAUGGGUGGCCACCAUAUACAGUCAUGUGGAAUCUGCUAGAUUACCCCGCUUGCGUCAUUCCGUUUGGCAAGGCAUCUCAGGAACUUGAUCCGGAUACUAUGCAAACAGGCGAUGAAGUCCAACCAGACUAUAACCCAGCCGAAGUUGAUGGAGCGCCGUGCGCCAUACAGAUUAUUACACCACGCUUCCAGGACGAAAAGUGCCUUUGGGCUGCAGAGAUUGUCGAUCAGACCAUUCGAGAGGAGUAG